ACCGGUGCAUCCGAUCGCCAACUCCUGGUCAUAUAUACAGCAUACCAUACAACAGCAUCAGCGAUCCCUUACACUAACAGAAACGAUUCCUCCCGGCUGAACUGCCUGACGGUGUAUGUUCAGCAACUGCGGCUAUUAGUGGAUUUAAGUGUGCAGGGCAACAACGAGCCAUGGCAGGUAAGCGGGGCCGGACUUGGAGACGCAGAAGGCAGCGCAACAAGGAACACCGACCGGUAUCUCUCUGUCACGAGGAACACUACAUACGGUUCUUCCGCUUCUUGAAGAAGAACGGACUUGAUGGAUUCUUUCUGCGACCCGCUCUCUUUCCAGAUACCGGACGAGGUCUUAUGGUACCACGGAAAAUCAAGCGAGGACAGACGAUGAUAAAAAUGCCCCAACACAUGAUACUCAGCACCAAGACGGUUCUAGACUCGGUGCUGGGACCUUACAUCGAAAGUGCGGAACCUCAGCUGACUACUAUCCAGGCCAUAACCACCUUCCUGAUCUACCAGAAACACAUAGGCGAGACCUCUUUUUGGAAACCAUAUUUGGACAUUCUUCCAAACGAAUACACGCACCCGGUUUACUUUGGCGAAGAAGACUUUCUUUAUCUUCCCCAUUCGUUAAGGGCUAACAUUAAAGCCAAGAAGCAGGAAUGUAUAAAGAGUUAUGAAGAACUGAAGCCUUUCUUUCCAAGUCUUGAGCCGUUGUUGCCGAACUGGGAAGGCAUCUUCACGUUUGAUGCUUACAGAUGGGCGUGGUCCACAGUGAAGACCCGGUCUCUGUACGUGGACGACAAGGGCAGCACCGUCCUGAGAAACCUGGACAAGAGCGGACUGGGCGUGACCUCUCUCGUUCCCAUGGUGGACCUCCUGAACCACUCCCACAGUGCUCGGACUGGUUUGCUGAUCAAGAAAUCCUGUAAGAACGGGGACUACUUUUAUACGGUGACGGCGGAGGACGACUACAAAAGGGGUGACCAAGUCCUGUUCUGCUACCGCCGGGCGGAUAACCAGACGUUACUCCUAAACUACGGAUUUGUUCUUCCCGACAACCAUCUAGACACGAUCAAAUUCUUCCUCGUAAAAGACAUCAUUGGAAUCUUGGAGCUGAUGAAUUUUGAAGAGGAAGAUCCAAAAUUUCGGCGGAGAAAAGUACUCCUCAUCGCUACAAAAUAUACAGCAAGUGACCUGACGUGUGAUUACCGAGGCGUUUCCAAGACGCUCAUGACUGUGAUGAGAAUUCUGGUCUGUGAUUCAGAAGACAGACCGUUAUUUAAGAGAGUCCUAGCGGAUGACCUACCGUGGGACCAUCCGGUAUCAGUCCAGGCCAGAAGUCUAGCACAGGAACUACUGGAGAGACGGCUCCUCUCGUACGGGAUAAUGGACGAUGAAGCUAUCCUAGCGGAGUCCGACACUCCCGUCAGACGCCUGGUGGUCGCCAUGAGGAAUGAAGAGAAGAAAAUUCUUCAAAAGGGCCUUAAAAGCCUGACAAGGAAUAACGAGAUGCACAAGUAAUACUUUGGAAACCAAAAAUCGAUCUGCCUAAAAAAAGUCUUUAAAAGACCUGUUUAUAUCCAUGUUGCAUUUUUGACAACUUACUCUACGUUUGCUUCUAUGAUACAGAAGCUGAUUUUAGGAAGAAAAAUAAUAAGUGUUGUGGAUUGUUAAAAAAAUAAUGUCAAAGGAUGACAUGAUCUGCAGAUUUGAUGCUUUUUUUUUACACACAAUGAAUAGUUCAUUUACAAUUUAUAUACUGGUGUAUCUAUUUGAUUGUAAGAUUAGUGUCUAACAGUUGCAAAAUUCACACAAAACUAAACAAGGUUGUAUUUUACACAACCUGUUGUCU